UUAAACAGCUUCAUUACCAUUACGAUAUCUAUUAAGAUUUCAGAUACUCUUUGCUCGAAGUAUCAACAAAGCCGAUAAGAGCAGCCAUACUGAAACGAGAAAAUAACAUUUUUAUUUGAUGAAUAGAAUGAAUCGUUAAGGUUGAGUAAAGAUCAUUAUCAUCUGGACAGACGGAGCUCGAUGUACCGGGAGCGCGGAAAAUUCUGCUGCGACACCUGUGGCAAGACCUACAAGUGGUACAGCGGACUUUACAGGCAUCGUACCUACGAGUGCGGCAAGGCUCCGAGGUUCCAGUGUCCCCAUUGCGACUACGUAGCCAAGCAGCGGCCCCAUGUAUACACGCACAUCAAGUCAGCGCACAAGAACAGCGUCGUCUACGCCCUCGACCUUGAGAGGUCGUGAAGCAAGGAGCG